CUCCCCCGCUGUGGUAAUGGUGGAGGCACGGCAUUCUCCACAGAAAAUGAAAAUGGACCCAAUCACAGGGAUCAGACUCUGGGAAACUAGCAGCAGUUACAUCACUGGUUUGCAGCUGCGCUAUGGAUUUAGUUGGGGACAAAUGGUUGGUCGUGAACUGAACUCUGUACAAGAGCUGAUCCUGAAUGAAGGAGAGUCCUUUAUUCAGGUCUCUGGGAAAUACCGAUCCAACUACAUCUAUCAGCUGAUCUUCGUGACCUCCAGUGGGCGUUCUCUGAUUGUCGGCCAGCCCAAUACAGUAAAUACCUUCCUCUACAAUUUGUGUUUGUUUCAAUUACACCAUGAUGGAAGAAGUAUUCUGAUCUUUAAUGAUCACACUUUAAAAUAACUAUGUAACAAGUAAAUGCCCUGCAUUAAAUGUUAUUUAAGUGAAAUGAAGAUUAAUCUGCACUUAAACUAUUAAAAGUAAAUGUAAAUAAUGUAGAGAAACACCUCCUUGUGACUGUUAUACGGUGAUAUAUUAAAUAAUUAGAUUAUUUUUAUAUGCACUUAAUUAAAUGCAGGAUAUUACUGUCUCUAU